AUGAAGUUUGCGUCGUCACUAUUUGCGUUAUCCACAGCGGCUUUGGCGGUUCAAGCAGCACAACAACAACAAAAACAGCAAUCCGUAUGUAGCCAAGACAUCAUUGGUACUGGGCAAGGUGAUUUGGAUGCCAUCAAAGGGUGCAAGCAAUAUCAAGGAACAAUCACCGUAUCCAAUGUAUCUGGAAGUGACCUUGUGCUAGACGGCGUGGAGACAGUGACUGGGAGCGUGAUUAUCACGGAUUCAAGUGGGCUCUCACGCUUUAGUGCACCCAAUCUCAAGAGCGUAUCGGGAGAACUCAAGAUUACACAACAUUUGGGCCUAGUCAAGCUCGAGUUACCUGCUCUUAGCGAAGUCCAACGCCUUACAUUACGAGUACUCCCAGAAGUGGAGGCUAUUGAUUUCCCAGCAGGCUUGGCCAAAGUCAAUCAAGUCACCAUUGAUGAUACGCCUGUUGCCACUGUCAACGGUCUCACUUUUGAUACGGUGGGCAAGCUAACUCUUUCGCAAAACACCCUUAUGAAACGAUUCGAGUUGCCUGCAUCACGUGUUUCCGAGAGUCUUCUUGUCGUUGGCAAUAGCCAUGAAUUGGACUUUGAGGCACCACAAUUGCUUGAAUUGCAAGCUGCUGAAUUCCGAGAAGUUGGUACCGUCAACAUGCCUUCGGUCGCUCACGUUGAAGGCGACUUGUCGUUCCACAACAGCGACAUGACAUCACUGAAUCUCGAUAAUUUGGAGCGUGUUGGUGGCACCAUGGUCAUUGCCAACAAUAACCAUAUUGCAAACAUGUCAUUCAAGAAGCUUGAACUUGUUGGCGGUGCUCUUUCCAUUGCCAACAAUACUCAACUUUCGACCAUCAAGGGGUACCCAAGUUUGUCAGCUGUGCAUGGUACGGUUGAUCUCGCAGGUGGUUUUGACAAAUACGAGUUCCCAGCGUUGCAAGAUGUUCGUGGUGGCAUGCGCAUCCAAACAACCAACGAGAACUUUUCGUGCAUGGAUGCUGAAAAGACUAUGAAGUACGGUAGCGUUGUCAAGGGUACUGUGUGGGGUUGUAAAUCCAACAUGGAGGAAGAAAACAUGGAUCCAGCCGUGGGUCAAAAUGACGGCAGCAGCACCAGCAGCGACGACAAUGGAUCGACCUUGUUGCCAAAGAAACAAAAUGCCGGUAACCAUGAGGAAGACGUUGCUGAAAACCCAUCCUCAGCUCAAUCAGCAGCAGCAUUGACUACUACAUCAUCCAUUCAUUAUCCAUCCGCCAUGGUCUUUAUUGUUGCCUUAUUAUAUGGCUCUUUGUUCUAG